UGGUCUGUUCCUUAUAAUAUAUACUUACAUUGUGAUGUUGCUACUUUUGCUAAAGUAAAGGAUCUUCUGCCACUGCUAAUUUUUCAUUUAUUUGUGCAAAAUACAAACCAAGAGAGAUCACUUUGGUAAGGACGCUUUUAUUUUGAAGAAAUCAAACGAGCAAUAGGGAGUAUCAGUUUUGUUGCAGCUACCUGAACUCACACCUUCAGUAAACCAGACUGAUGCAGUUACAGUGAGUCUGUAGCCACGAACCAGGUGUGAGCGAUGACCAUCACUGUUGUCAAAGACAAGGGAGUGACCGUGGUCACCAUGGCGACUGACAGCGAGAGCAUGUUGCCCCCGCUGUGUCAAAUCCUCAAGGAUCUUUGCUGCAGUCUGAUGUGCUCAGUGUACAAGGGGCUGAUGCAGACCAAUAUGACUGCAGCUCUAGGGACUAUACAGAUCAUGGUGGGCCUGUUCAACAUCGGACUUGGGCCAGGACGAGUAUACAUGUCUUCUUGGGAUCUGACCAGCAUGGGAGCUGCUUACUGGCUGGGUGGCGUGUUCAUCGUAGCUGGAAUCGUGUCCCUUGUUGCCGACCGGUUCCCAUUUCUUUGCUUGGUUCGCUUUGCUGUGUUUGUGAACAUAGUCGGAUCUAUCUUCGCCUUUAUUGGCUUUGUGCUGUAUACCGUAGACCUGGCAGCUGUCCCUGACACCAAGAUGUGUACCUGGAGGAGUUACCUUCCUGAUACUUAUACUAACAACUGUGGAUAUGUGAUGUACUAUUUACAGUUGACAGUUAUGGACAUCACUAUGAUCGUCCUGGCUGUUCUCCAGCUGUGUGUCUGCAUCCGCUUGGCUGUUCUGGGCUUCAAGGCUGUGGUCAACAGGAAGAAGGAAGAGUUUCGCAAUGAUGUUGAAGAUCAGCAGCCACAGUUGAAGGAAGUCCUCCUGACCAUUCCUGGUGCUUAAAAUCAACUAAACACAUGGAAGCUUAUGACUAUGAAUUAUUGUAAUUGUCACUUGCUGAAAAUAAUCACCCGAUUUGCAAGCCAUUAAAUAGGUGUUAUCGGUCGCUAUAAGCACUACAGCGCCUGACUUCCACUUCUACUCCCGUGACACUUAUUACGAACACUAGAGGUUGCUGUUGUGUUCUUUUAUAACUUCUUUCUGUGAUCUACCAUGUGAAUAAAUGAUAAAACUAGUGGGCUACUUCUGGGUCUGAGAAAUGAAGCCAAUGCUAAAACCUGC